AUCUUGUUCAACUUUGGACUCAUAAUCUCCGGUCCUCUUCAGUCUCUGACUCUUCAUCAUCAUGGACAGAUUCAACUGUUUCGUCCUGAUUAUCAUCUUAUCUAUUGUCAAUUUGGGACAAUGUUCAUCUUUUAACAACGAAAUUGACUUGAAAUGGGAAUUCGAGGACUCUCGUCUGGAUCCACUGGCGUUUCCACCCCCAUUAGAACAUGACCUAGAAUUUGAUGUUCAAGCAUCUUGUGCCUGUAGGCAAAUUUUGAUAUCCUCGUUGCACGAAGCACAACAUAUUCAAGCCGAUUCCAUGGGGUCCUAUAAAUAUUACAGUAACUUCGAGGGCAAACCAUACUACUACAGCUCGAGCCACGGAAAAUACCUCUAUUUCUUGAACGGUUCUGGCUGGUUGAUUGGCAACGCAGUUGGCGCUAAGAUUGGGUUCAUUCAUAACAAUUCGCAAUAUGCUUGUCCUUACUUGAUCCCAGAAGGCUGGAUGUACGUGAAUAACGGCUACUGGUACAAGGACUUGUCUUUGGUGGUUAGAUGUAUAGCAUGAUUUGUUUGUUUGAAUACAUAUAUUUCAAAUCUUA